AUGUGGACUUACAUCGGUCGGUCGGACCCUCAAAAACACAUCGACAUGUACUAUGGCAACAUGUUGAUGUUAGGAGUGACUGAUGCAGUCAUAUGUAGAGCUUUCUUUGCAACUUUGGCAGGCAGAGCGGCCGAGUGGUUCAGGAAGUUGGAACCUCGGUCGAUUGGAAACUUUAGCCAGCUAGCUGACAAGUUCGUGAGGCGGUUCGCAAUCAGCAGAUCGAAAAAGAAGCCCUACACUUAUCUAAAUGGAGUCAAGCAUGACCCGGGGGAGACCUUGUCCGCUUUCUUGCACAAAUGGGAUCGUGAGAUCGACCAAGUAGAACCAAUGGAAGACCAGGCAGCAAUCCACGCUCUCCUCAUGUCGCUCCGUUCUGGGCUGCUCUACUACGACCUCGUCGUCCAUCCCCCCAAAACUUACGAAGAGGCGAUUACCCGGGCCAAGCACCAUGCAGACGCUACAGAGGCUAACAUGGCUAAAAGAGGAGAAGAACAACCGGUCGAUCGGGAUAGAGGUCACGACCCGAGGAGAAAUCGACAACGUUUUAAGCAACGUGGCCGACCGGAGGAUGGACCGCGAUUCACUCCGUUAACCAAACCCCUAGUGGAAGUCUUUCAAUAUGCCGAGCAAUGCAACCUGGUCCAUCCACCCGACCCGGUACCCGAAGGACCAGACAAGAACAAAUACUCUGUUUUUCACAAAACGAAGGGUCAUGAGACAGUAGAGUGCAUCGCCCUACGUCUGGUUAUUGAGCAACUCAUUCAAAAUGGAGAAUUAGAGCCGUUCGUAAAGAGAGACAAACGGGACAAAGGAAAGUUAAAAAAGAACGUCUGGAAGAGGAACCCUAAGGAACAAUCGAAGGCACCCGGUCCGCACGGACCAAGCGACGACAAGGCGGCCGGAAAGAAGCCAGUUAUUCAUGUUAUCUAUGGAGGACCAGAAGGAGGAGACUCUUCUCGCCAAAGAAAGCAAUGGGCGAGAAAUUUGUACGUCGGGUCGGUCCACUGA